CGUGCGAUCAUCUUCCCUACUCUACCUAACUUACUUCCCCCCACCUCAACACAUUACGUCGUUUGCGAUACUUAGUUCUUUGACUCCUUCUCUGCCUCUCUUUUUCUCUCUGUUGACUGUCGCUUUCAAGAAGCUAGUUGGUUUUGCUUUGCUAGAUACCCCAUUCCAAUUGUCGUCAUUUCAUCUGAUUCUUCUUGCUUCCCCUACUCCGUCCUUGUCUAGGAUGAUCGGGCCAAUACCGCCUUCGCAGUGCGACAGCUAAGCUUGCCUUGCUUUCUCUUUGACCUGCCCGCGAUGGCCGAUGACAAUGCAGGCGGUCGCCGUGAAAGACCUUGGCAUUUCCCUCUGAAUCGCAAGCUGCGACAUCUCCAGAGCAUCUCCGUCCGCAACCUCGUCGUCACACCACCGCCGACCAAACCUCGCGGGAAACCCAUCGAUGACGAAGAUGUACCCAAUUCAUUGCAGUCGCCUUCCAAAGUCCCGAUCGCCGAUGUCAAUCAUUCCCUGCACCCGUCGCGCUCCUUUACCGAUCUGAAGUCGUCGGCAACCACCAACCAUCGUUCCGGGAGUCAUAAGCAGGCAGCAGCAACACCACCACCACCACAACCAGCAGCAGCAGGCCCCCCAUUGCGACAAUGGCAUCGGAGGAACACCAUGCCGUGGAAUGCUCCCAACCCUCGCGCCAGACAGACGAAGCUGGAAGAGAUUACAAGCAGUCGCAUGGCCGAUACCUGGUUCUCUCUCCACUGCGACGGCGUCGAGAAACCGGUCUACGUGAGCGAACCGGUCGAGCAUGCUACGAACCCUAGCUUCCAGUCUUUCGAUCUCAACAUGUGCGGCCCCUCAGUGUCACGACGGGAUCAUCUGACUGUCAAGCUCUGGGCCAAGACCCGAGCAAUGGGGGACUUUGUGCUGCUGGUGGAACUGCGUUUAUGCUUGCAGUCACUCCAGUUCCUGGGGAAGUCGCUGGAUAGCUUCCAUCAACCGCUGCCGGCGAAUUCCAUUCUCUUCCACUUUGCCGACGGUGUGUACACGAAUUUGACCGAUCUCCCACCGGUCCUGGCUGCUGCGCCCGUACACUACUUCAAAACGGCAGAUGGCGUGGCGAUGUCGACCUCGUCGUACGAGGCGCUCAUGAAACUGGCCAAUCUGGAUGAUUGCAUCCAAGAUGCGCUCACAACCAGGGACCGGAUUGAGGCGCAGAUCAACUCGAUCCUCGACAGGGAACAACGCGGGGUGGCCGCCGCCGGGAAUCUCUCGCAGGCUCGGAAUAAACUCGCAGUCACCAAGCAUGCCAUUGCUACCGAGCGCCGGCAUCUCCACAGUGCUGCAAGGCGUAGGGAUGAAUUGGUUAAUAGCAUCAAGACCAGAAGAGAGGCCAUGGAGCAUGGGCAUGAUGUCCAGGCCAGGGCCAGGAGCCACCUUCCCGAUGCGCAAUCGAAACUGGGCUCAAGUGCCAGGCUACUGGAUAAGAACACUGAGGACUCGAAGGGUCAGAUCCGGCGUAUCUCGGAGGACUUGCUGACGGUCUACCCGAUCGAGCCCAUUCCCAACAAGCCACUUGCCUUCACCAUCGCGGGCCUGGCUUUACCCAACUCGGAUUUUACCGACGUCGACCGCGACGAGGUGGCGGCGGCCCUUGGAUAUACCGCCCACCUGGUCUACCUUCUAUCCUUCUAUCUCUCGACCCCGAUCCCAUACGCGAUCAACCCGUAUCUGUCGCGCUCGUUCAUUCAGGACCCGGUGUCUGCAUCGCUGCCCCAGAGGACCUUCCCCCUACACCCGGCCAGCGUGCAGUACCGAUUCGAGUACGGCGUCUUUCUGCUGAACAAGGACAUCGAGUUCUUGCUGAAUGUACAGGGUCUACGCGUCCUGGACAUCCGACAUACCCUUCCGAAUCUCAAAUAUCUGCUCUACGUGCUCACGGCCGGCACGUCGGAAAUUCCGGCCCGCAAGGCGGGAGGCAUCCGUGGGCUUCUCCCGGGACGAUUGACUCCCAGCAUGUCUCGACGCGGCAGCGAAGAGAGUGUGGCGACGCGCGAGUCGGUCGUAUCUCGCAAGGCGAUGAUGAGUCCUGCCCCGAAGAUGAACGGGAGUCUGGUGAUUGAUAGGACCAAACCGACGACGACAGCCAUCCCUAGCUUCCCCGACACGGCUGCUUCUUCGGUCGCCUGAGCAGAGCGCAAGUGGCCCGCCAGCAUUGACUCUGGAGUGAAUGCUUGGCCCUUCUUAUUAAUCUGGGGCUGGUGGGCGGCGCAUAUUAUCUAAUAUUCCUACUUUGUUGGCGUAAGACAUGAUUUUGUUUCGUCUUUUCUCUUCUCUUUUUUUUUUCUGUUUUUCUUCUAUCGGAUGAAUUCCAUUGGAGAGUUGCUGCAUUAGUUGGAUUAGCGUGACUGUGACCGGGGGUGUUCGUUCCCUUGAUCCGCCUUAUCGCAGCCAGCCAUUGCACAGCUGAGGUCAGUUGUUGCUUUCUCACCUCCCAGCUUUAUUUGUGAUGGGUUGGUUGCUUAGUGUAUUGUACAUAUUUUAUCCGUUUGGACGUUAUGGGUUCCCACUGUAUCUGUAGGAUAUGAAAGACAAUUGACAUGCGAUGCA